UUUUUUUUGUGUGUGUGUUGGUUAGGUCACUCAGGUCAGGUUUAAACGAGGGUUAGAGAGAGAGAGAGUUUAAGCCUUUGACCAAAAGCAAAACUCAAAAUUGGUUUCAGAUCUGAAAAGGGUUUUUUCUGCUUAGAGACUCAGUGUUAUGUAUCGGAUUCUCCGGCGUCGUUUCAUGAUCUAACCCCUCUUUCUUUCGUUAACUCUGCCUUAUUCUCUCAUCCACUAUUCAACGAAAGCGUCUGGCCUAAAGAUAGCUGACAACAAAAUCAGUUGUUUUGCCUGUUUCAAGACGUUUGGUUUUAAGAUACAAAAGGUGAUUCCGCGUCUACCAUCUACAUUUUCAAUCUAUCUCAAGACUCUAAGAUCAACUACUGUCAAGUGCUGCUAUGAACAUGGAUUCCGCACACAAUCAGCUGAACAAACGCGCUCGAUUGUUUGGUGACCUUGAAAACAAAGACGCCAAGGUCAUUUAUCCACCGAUCCCUGCAUCUACUGCUCCCCUAAAUAAAGGGUCUGAUGGUUCUACAGCCACACAAAGCUUGUUCGCUGAAUCUAAACCAGAAGAGACGCCAAAGGUACUCAAGAAGAGAGGGAGGAAGAAGAAGAAUCCCAAUCCGGAGGAAAUGAAUUCGUCGACUCCAGGUGGAGAUGACUCGGAGAACCGCUCAAAGUUCUACGAGAGUGCUUCUGCUAGAAAAAGAACUGUAACUGCAGAGGAAAGAGAAAGAGCCAUCAAUGCAGCCAAAACAUUCGAACCAACCAAUCCUUUCUUCAGAGUUGUCCUGCGACCAUCAUAUCUAUACCGAGGCUGCAUCAUGUACUUGCCUUCUGGUUUUGCUGAGAAGUACCUAAGCGGGAUAUCUGGUUUCAUCAAGCUCCAGCUCGGGGAGAAACAAUGGCCAGUGAGGUGCCUUUACAAAGCAGGAAGAGCUAAGUUUAGCCAAGGAUGGUACGAGUUCACACUCGAGAACAAUAUUGGCGAAGGAGAUGUUUGUGUUUUUGAGCUACUCAAAACUCGGGAUUUCGUUCUGAAAGUCACGGCCUUUCGCGUCAAUCAGUACGUGUGACCGACCAAAAACAAUAUCGCUUUCCAUGAGCGAUCUUGCAGAGGAGCUUUCCAAAUUUAUAUUUCAUGUAGGGUCUUCUCUUAACUGUUGUAUCUCUCUUGCAUUUCUUGGAGAAUCCAGUCUGGUUCUCUAGGUUUUUAGUAGUGUUCUGAGUGAAAUUUCAGGGUACCUAUGUUUCGAUGUGGAUAAACAUUUGAAGACUGAGUGAAAAACUCUUUGUUUGAGUGGUAGUUAGUGUCAAAACUAGAGUUGUAAUUACUUUUUAUCUUCAUCAAUUUGGUAUCGGAA